GGACUCCACGUUUUCAUCGGCGCGAUCUACUCGGAGCAAUUCACUGACUCUGACGUUCUUACUUUUGUCACAGACGCUAUUUUCGUCCUGAUCGUGGACUAACUAGUACAACGGAGACGCAUCCAAUGUAUUGCCGUCGCUUUGAGAACGUCAGUGAUCUUUGUAUGGCACCUAAGGAACGUCUAACCGAUCGAAGAUCCGAAAACAUGUGAAAGUGCAUUGUGUUAGACUACUACAGCGAAGCUUUGAAGGGCUGCGCUUUGUAAGAACCACCGUGAUUGGAAUUCUAAUUAAGAUCAUCUGUAUUGUAGAUGAGCGACAAACUGAUUCAAAGUAAUUUAUGGUGUAAACAUCGUCAAAAAACUUACGACGAGGGAUACAUCGAAAAUGAAAGUGAGAUAAAGUAUAAAUAUUGACUGAAACAGUCCGCGAAACUAUCCGUCGGAAUGAAACCGAGUGAGGUUACUAUUUAGCCGGUAUAAAACUUGCAAGAGGUCGAAGUAAAUGUCAAAAGUGUGAAGAGAAAUUCUUCUAGUAGAAGGAUUAUUCUAUCGUUAGAUUGUAAUCUUGUUAAUCAAUCAUGUAUGUUGAAAAGAAUUGUGAAACUCAAACGGAUAAUGAUAAAGAUAUAUACAAAUAUGAAAAUGACAUUUAUCAGUGCUAGACGGAUCAUUUCCGUAAGAUAUCAUUAAAAAUGAUAUUAAGUAUUGAAAGAGGAUUAUGAUUAACUCUUGAAGAAACGUUACGGAGAGAAGAAGGCAUCAUGAAAACACGGUCUACAAAAAUUCCGUUGUGAUCGGAUCAAGAAAACGAAGCUUGUCAUUGUGUGAGGUGGGUGUUUCUUCGGGUAAAAAAUGUCGAGUACACUCCCGGAGGCACCAAUGGGUCUGGACUCAUCGGAUCCAGAGAUCAGGUCGAACCACCUGAUCUCGCGACUGGAUCAUGACCAGGAGGACGCGGAGAAACGGGAUCAGACGCGGGGAACAGAAUGUAACAACGCGGACAGUGAUUGUGAGAGCGAUACGAGCGAAGUGUUGAGCGUUGGCAGCGAACCGACGCCAACUAGCGUGGUUGGUGUGCGUGUAUGCGGCUCUAUGAGGUACGAUCAGGAAUCCGCAAGUAGCCGGGGCGAGUUCCGUGACGAGGAAAACACGAGAACGUCGGCGACGCCAUCGCCUUCCAGCUCCGCCAGCUGCAAUGAUCUGUAUUAUCAGCGUACAUCCAAUAAUCACGUUCCAGCACCAAGUCCACCUGGUUACAGUCAACCACCAUCGUCCCCUACGGCGUCUUCCGUCAGAUCUCCGGCUUCCUCCUCGGCUACCGCCUCGUCUCCAGGUCGACCGGAAGCUAUACAAGAGGCUAUCGUACCUAGAUACCAAUCCAGUCAUCAGCAACAUCUUCUUACUCGAUAUUCUUCUAGGGAACCUGAUAUUUCCGACUACACGGCGCGAGUUCAGCACGGCCUAGGUCACGAAAUCGUUUAUCCAACUGUAGAAAGGUUACAUCGUACACCAAUAAGCGUUCCUCUAGUAACGAGACUCUCGUUGUCACCACCGUCGGCCAUGACGGUCACCGGGCUUCAAGCAACGACGCCUGUUCUCCAUCCCGCUGCUUGCAGAGAUCCGCGGGAGACUACCUCGUUGAUACCGCAUCACAGUCAGCAUCUACAUCACGCGAACGCCCACACGCAUCUGCAUCAGGGCUCGCAGGUACAGCACGUACCGGCGAAUUCGGUGCACCAGCACCGGCUGUCGGUCAGCAAGCUUCUGCAACGGGAUUCCGGGAGUCCGGCAUCGCCAAGCGCUAGGGAGGAGAACGGGCGUACUCUGCCCUCCACGAAUGGCGUGCAAAAUAGUAUCAGCAAUAACGGCAAUCAUCACAACAACAAUAACAACAACAACAACAACAACUUACAGCAUCAGGCGGGUCUAAAGUUCAGUAUAGAUAAUAUUUUAAAAGCGGACUUUGGUAGGAGAAUCACGGAUCCUAUCUCUCUGAAGAAGUCCCGGCCUAAAAAAGUGUCUUCAAGACCGAUCGAUCUAACGAAGGACUUCCUAGAAUCGUCCUCCGACACUUCUGAGAGGAGCAGCUCGGAAACGACAACGACCAACGCCUCCCCUACCAGUGUUUCGACUGGGAACACGACGUCCAACCAGACUGGAACAACCGAUCCUGGAAAGAUGUUGUGGCCAGCGUGGGUCUACUGCACCAGAUAUUCGGACAGGCCUUCCUCGGGACGAAAACCAUCUCGUGUUUCAGGUCCACGUACGAGAAGAGUGAAGAGGACAGACGGACGCGGCGGUGGAACCCCUGAAGAGAAACGUCCCAGGACCGCGUUCAGUGGUGAACAAUUAGCGAGACUGAAAAGGGAAUUCGCGGAGAACCGAUACCUGACGGAAAGACGGAGACAGCAACUCUCGAGGGAUUUAGGUCUGAACGAGGCGCAAAUCAAGAUCUGGUUCCAGAACAAGCGAGCGAAAAUCAAGAAAGCCAGCGGCCAGAAAAAUCCUCUGGCUCUUCAGCUAAUGGCACAGGGGCUCUAUAAUCAUUCGACAGUACCGCUUACUAAAGAGGAAGAGGAACAGGCCGCGGAACUUCAAGCGAAAUGACGAUUGCAAACUUAAACGCUCGGAAAAAUCUAACGUUGCAACUUUGAUCCCCUGAAUUUCGUUUCUGACCUCAAAGGAGCCACAAGCGAAAGUCGAAUCUUCUAUUCGAUUUUAAUUCUUUGUGCAAGAUUUUUUUAGAGAAAUUUUAAAGAAUAAAUGAAACCUGGAGAUAUCAGAUUAGCGUGAAAAAUUCUUCCAAUACG